CCCCCUUUCUCUUUCUCUCUCUCUCUGUCUCUCAUCUCGUUUGAUAUAACAUGUUCUUGAGUAAUUGUGUUCGUAAUUGACAAUCAGGGUUUGUUUAAUUCUUUCGUCAAUCGUAUAACUAAUAUAAAUUAAUUAAUAUUAUUAAAGUACGUACGUAUUGAUCAUAUAUAUGGCGAGCAUCACGGUGGCUGAGGUUCACAAGGCGCAACGUGCUGAGGGUCCGGCCACCGUCCUGGCCAUCGGCACCGCCAAUCCGGCCAACUGCGUCGAUCAGAGCACCUACCCUGACUUCUACUUCCGCAUCACCAACAGCGAGCACAUGACCGAACUCAAACGCAAGUUCCAGCGCAUGUGCCAGAAAUCGACGAUCAAGAAGCGUUACAUGCACCUAACGGAAGAGUUCCUACAACAACACCCAAACAUGUGUGCCUUCAUGGCGCCUUCUUUCGACGACCGACAGGACGUCCUCGUCGUCGAGGUUCCCAAGCUUGCCAAAGAAGCCGCCGCGGCGGCGAUCAACGAGUGGGGCCAGCCAAAAUCCAGCAUCACCCACCUCAUCCUUUGCACCACCAACGGCCUCGACAUGCCCGGCGCCGACUACCAGCUCACCAAGCUCCUCGGCCUCCGUCCUUCCGUCAAGCGCUACAUGAUGUACCAGCAAGGGUGCUUCGCCGGCGGCACCGUCCUCCGCCUCGCCAAGGACUUCGCCGAGAACAACAAGGGCGCCCGCGUCCUCGCCGUCUGCGUCGAGAUCACCGCCAUGAGCUUCCGCGGGCCCAGCGAGUCCCAUAUUGACAGCCUCGUGGGCCAGGCCCUUUUCGGGGACGGUGCCAGUGCAGUCAUAGUGGGCUCGGACCCACUUCCAGAUGUAGAAAAGCCCAUAUUCGAACUCGUCUACGCGGCCCAGACUCUCGUCCCAGAGGGCGACAGUGCCAUCGAGGGGCACCUUCGGGAGAUGGGCCUAACGCUCCACCUUCUCAAAGAUGUUCCUGGCCUUGUCGCCAAGAACAUCGAGACGUGCUUGACCGAUGCGUUCGAGCCGUUGGGGAUCUCUGAUUGGAACUCGAUUUUCUGGAUCGCGCACCCCGGUGGGCGUGCUAUCCUGGAUCAGAUCGAGGCCAAAUUGGAGCUCAAGAAGGAAAAGUUCCGGGCAACGAGGCACGUGCUGGCCGAGUAUGGCAACAUGUCGAGCGCGUGUGUGUGGUUCAUCUUGGAUGAGAUGAGGAAGAGGUCCGCCGCGGAUGGGCUGACGACGACCGGAGAAGGGCUCGAUUGGGGCGUGCUGUUUGGGUUUGGGCCUGGGCUUACUGUUGAGACUGUGGUCUUGCACAGUGUGGCCCUUUGAGGUAGUGCUCUAGCUGAUUUGGGUAGCUGCUAGCUACCAGUUACCUGUUCUUUAUUUUAUUCUGCAGUGUGACUGAAGGCAAAUUAAUGUUCGCUUCAACUCUUGAAGCAAAUUGUAUUAUUUCAGUUAUAUAUUUCGAAUUUGAACAUGUGUAUAUAAAUAAAAUUUUGCACCACUUUGAUUGAAUUUAUUCCGUUUCGCCUCCCGUCAAAAUUGUGAGGCAGCCAAACAGCAAUUGCCAAUUGCAAA